UUGCCCGGCCCGCUCUGUGCAGUCGUCGCUCCUUCUGCGGUCUGGACCUGCUGCUUCAUGAUCGUGGACGACCCCUUCGCCUCCCGGGAGGCGCCCCUGCAGCCCUGGGCCCACGGCGCCGGCGACCCUGCCGGAGCUCCCGCCGCUCGGGACGGCCGGGCGCCGCCCGCGGUGGGCGGCGCCGGGCGCGGCGGCGCCAACCUGCCCGAGGAGGACGACGGGGAGGAGGACGAGGGCGAGGGCGAGGAGGAGGAGGGCCGCCCCGCUGGCGAGGCCGGCCGGGAGGGCGGCGGCGACAACCAGUCCUCUGGUGCGGCGCCCCCGCUGGGCAACGGAACGGGGGCGAGCUCCCGUCUGCGCGCGGGGCAAGCCUGGCUCACCAGCCUGGAGAAGAACGCCAGCAGGGAGCUGCUGCGGCGCGCGGAGCGCCUGCGGAACACGAGCCGCGAGCAGAUGCGGCGGAAGCGCAUGGAGUUGCGGCAGAAGGGCGCCCAGCUGCACAACGCGUCCGUGGACUUGGCCAGUGCGAUCUCUUCUGGUCAGUUCCUGUCCGCCGCCCGGGGCACGCUGCAGGAGAAGGUGCGCCUCGCUGUGACCCGGACCCUGCCGGUGAGCCUGGCGCCGAACGAGUUAGUGACGCGGCCGUACGCCAGUUGGCUCCAGCUCAUCGUCAGGGUGGGGCUGGACUUCCUGAACGAGCCAGUCCUGGCCACCUGGUCGAAGAGCGACCCGUGGCGCGUCAAGAAGAUCAACCUGCUGGUGCUGCUUCUCAACUUUGCCUACACGCUGGUGCAGGAGGUGCGCGCGCAGGUGCUCGCCGCAAGGCACGACGCGGAUUGCAACUCCGCGAGGUGCUGCCGGGUCUCCGCGGACGGCGGCGUCGAGGAGGUGCUCUCCAAGGACGUCGGCAUCGGGGACGUCCUCCGGCUGAGCCACGGCGACCUGUGCCCAGCCAACGGCGAGGUCGUGCAGUCGUCCCACUCUUUCGUCCUGUUCAACUCGCUUUGCGAGACGGGCGAGGACUGCUGCUCGGUGCUGCGCGUCGGGGACUCGGUGCUGCGCGGCUUUGUGCUGGCCCUCGAAGGCUGCUGCGUGCUGGUUCAGGUCACCGAGACGCGCAACGCGCCCCAGCAGCCGGAGGACGGCCCGCCGGUGCUGGAUGCGGCUGGGGCAGCUGCCACAGCCGGAGGCGCGACGUCGCCGUCGACGCACAAGUCGGGGAGGAUGGAGCGUUUCCCGGAGCACAUGAACUCUCUGGUCAUGCGUGCCAACCUCGCCGCCCUCGCCAUCCUCUUCUGCGACGCCGUGCUAGUGUGCACGCUCUGCUACCACGGGAGCGUCCGGGGCAGCGACCAGGUCCCUGCAGGCACGGAGAGUUCGCAGGAGCAGCCGCAGAACGACCUCUCUACGGCGGAGCGGCUGCUGGUGACGCACUUUUUCUCUGCAGCAGUCCAGAUGAAUAGUGUGAUACCGUCCAUGCGAUGGGUUGUGCUAUUCUUUCUCUUCGUUUUCCUGUUGGAGAGAGCGCGACCCGAGGUCAGCGUGCAAAAUUGGAAGGCGUUCCGUGGACUGGAGCAGAGGCGCAUACUGUACAGCGACAAGACCGGCACGCUCACAGAGGUUGGCAUGCACGUGGCGCGGCUGCGCGUGGCCGCCACGGGCGUGGACCUCUCGCGAUCACACGCUCCGCGGAGUGGCGUGAGCUUUGAGCCUCGCGAGGCCUCCGAGGUGUCCUGGCUCGUUGCCGUCCUGAUGGCCUGCAACGACUGCCAGCCGCGGCCCGCCCAGAGCCACAGCCGACUGGGCCCGAGACCGGGCACGUCCCCCGAGGAGGUGGCCCUGGCGGAGCACCUCGAGGACGCCCUCGGCGUGCGCGUGGGCUCCAACCCGCUCCGCCCCGGCUCCGAGCGGGCGCCCGCCGCCAGCGGCGGCCGGCCGCCGCCCCCGCGCGGCGCCGUGGGCGCGGAGGUGGCCAUGCACCGUCAGCCGCUCGUGCUGCUGGACGCAGCAGGUGGCGAGGAGCUGGCGCGGGCGUGCGUGCUCUCGCGCGGCAACUUCGACCCCGCGCAGGGGUGCCGCGAGGCGCGGCUGGCGUUCGAGACGGGCGCCUGGGCGGGCGCGCGCUGGCUGGUGCGGCAGGGCGGCGCCGACGUCAUGGCCGAGCUGGCCGGCCGCUCCGCCCGGGACGCCGAGUUCGCCGCGGAGGACCGCGACCGCGCCCUGGGCUGGUCCGUGGCGCGGCUCGGGGCGGACGGCGAGCGCGCGGGUGCCUGGCACUACGUGCUGCGCGCGAGUUUCGCGAACCCCCCGCGCGCGGAGUCGGCGUCGCUGGUGGCCCACUGCAAGGCCGCCGGCGUGGCCGUGAGGAUGCUCACGGGCGACGCCUGCACGGCAGCGCUCCACAUCUCGCGCCAGAUCGGGAUCAUCUCCGAGAGCAGCAGCGGCGAGGGCCACCCCGUGGAGAUGAGCCGGACGACCAGCGGCCGCAGCUGCGCGUGCGUGUGCUACACGCCGGGUGAGCCGCCGGCGGCCUUCUCCGCGCGCGUGGACGGCUUCCUCAGCGAGCACGCGGACACGGCCACGGUGUGCGUCGCCGUGCCGGGCAGCGUGCUGCGCGAGCAGAUACUGGCCAGCAUGGACGGGUGGCUCGCCAACGAGGUGGCCUCCGCAGUCAUCUACCGCACGCGCGCCGCGGACAAGGCCCUCAUCGUGCGGCGAACCGAGGAGCUCGGCCGAACGCAGCGCCGCCGGGCACAGGCGUCUGCCCCCAAGGGGCUCGUGUCCAGGAAGCUGCAGUGCAUGGGCCCCCGCUUCGGCCCGGAGGGCGUCUGCUUCAUGCUGGGCGACGCCGCGAACGACGCGGAGGCCAUCAGCCUGGACGGCAUCGUUGGCGUCAGCCUGCGGCACGGCGCCACGCCGUGCAAGCUUGGCGCGGACUUCGUCGUGGACGGACCCGCCGGGCUGGUGUCCAUCCGCACGGAGCUCUUCGGCAGGGCGCUGGCGGGGGCGCAGUGGCUGCUGGGCGACGUGUGCACCCUGUGCGGCAUGGUGUCGGCGCUCACGCUCUGCGGGAUCUGGGCGGGCGGCUUCACCUUCCUGCCGCGCGGCUUCCUCUACGACGACCCCUUCGACGCACGGAUCAUGAGCCUGUUUUCUGGUGGGCUCUACCCGCUCUCGGCGUGCGCGGCGGCCUGCCGCGUGGGCUCGGCGGCCCCCGCGCCGGCCCCCGCCGGCGCGGCGCCGGGGCCCGCCGCUGGCAGCGCGUGGCCUGCCACGAAGGCGCCCGCGGUGCCGGCGCCGAGCCCGGUCAGGUCGCUGGUCCUCGGCGUCCUGUUUGGUGGGCUGAUGGGCCUGGCCGGCCCCUCGGAGGACCCUGUGCGCUUCGGGAGGUGGAUCCUUAGCGUCACCUCCUCGACGUGCUUCCUGCGGCACGCCGCGGUGCAGGUCUCGUGCGGGCUCGGCGCCAUCUUCGGAGGGGGGCCAUGCGAGCAGCCGGCCGCCGGAGGCCGCCGGCGCGCAGGCCGCACCGCCGUCGCAGAGCCUCGUCGCGCAGGUGCUGGCGCGCGCGGGCUCGCCCUGGGUGCGAGGCUGCGCGGUGUCGCUCUUCCUGCUGCUCACCUGGACCUGCUCUAA